GCAGGGCCAUGUAGCAACGGGGUUGGUUAAUGUGGAGCAAUCGCUUCCACCACUGCCUGAUGCAGCUUCCUGAUUUUUCUCUGCUUGGCUCCGCUGCCCUCCGGGGGGGCGGCAGGCGGCAUGGAGGGGACGGGGCGACGCCGCCUGCUGCAGACCCUGGCAGGGCUGGGGAAGGACGAGCUCCAGAGAUGGAAAGAGAAGCUGAGCAAAAUAGCACUGAAGGAGGGAUACCAGCGCAUCCCCCAGGCCCUGCUGGAGAGAGCUGAUCCGGCGGCCCUGGCCGAACUGCUGAUCAGCUACUACGGGGAGGAGUAUGGGUUGCAGCUGGCUUUACUAGCACAGGCUUUGUGCAGUGCAGAACAAGCGGCAACGGAUGUCUCGAGCGCAGCUGGCUCGGAGGUCACCGAUGAGCUGCUGAUGAGGAAUCUUUCAGAGCUUGAGUGGAAUAAAGCAAAAUCCUCCCCCCGCCUGCCUCUGCCUCCCGCGUGGCUCAGGAAGUUGACGGGCAAGAAGGGGAAGCAGCGCGGAUCCUUCAGUGAAGAGACUCGAUCCACCCCUAGGUCUAGUACAGGGACAGAGGCGGCAGGAGACCCCAUGAGGGAACAGGGCCCUGUCUCACAGCCCUCUGAGGACACCAACAUACUGCGGGAAAUGGGGCUGGUGGCGCCCGAGCGGAGCAGAUUUUCAGGGCACACUGCGAAGAUGAAGAUCGUCUUCCCCAGCCUGACUCUACCUACACCUCCACAGUGGCUAAGGACGCUGACGGGCAAGAAGGGGAAGCAGCGUCCGGCCUACUCAGGCAGGUUCCCCCAACGCUCCCGGAGCACUAUGCACCAUGCCGAGGAGGAGUCUGUUUAUACCAGCCUCCCACCGGGACCUCCUGCCCAGCCGGCUGGGACCGUGGGAAAAGUCACACAGAUGACGGGGAAGAAAAAGACCGGGGAUCCCGUUCCCCCUCUGCUGGAGGCACUCGGAGGACCAAGUGUGUUGGGAAAGCAAUCACUGGGCAGGGAGCUCCCCCCGGGUGGGAUACCAGACUAGCUGGGCCUCUGGGUCUGCCCCAUUCUUGCCCCAGAUCCCCAGGGGCGUGCGCUGGGUGUCUUGUGACUGCAUCCACGAGUGAAGCGGUGACAAAGGGGGCGGGAUCCCCCAGGGCUGGACACCACCUCACAGACAACUAAGCCACCUCGUCUUCCCCCUAUGCCUCCAGAGUGACCCUGCUGGGCACAGGGCCUCCAGAUCUGUGAACUCCCUGUCUCUCCAGCCACCACCCCAUGACAGGCAGCGGGGAUCUCCUCUGGUCCAGCUGAUCAGUGGCGGACAGGACGCGCAGGGAGGGAGCGGGCAGAGCUGAUUGGUGGGGCACAAGGUCCCUGCAGCCAAAUGGGCUCUGGAGGGCUCCCCUUUAAAGGUAUAGGUUCCCCCUCCCAUCCUGGGAGCAGAUGGAGGGGCUGGGCUCAGCUGAGAAGCCUGCUCUGAAGACCAGAAUGGCCCCCGGUAAACAGAUGUGCUCUAGUGGGACAUUACUGAGAGUCUCCAAUUCAGAACGAACUGCCGAGAAACAGGGCAGUCCCAGCCCAAGACUGGAGGUCCUCCACUUAUAAGAGACACCAAACCAGCCCACAAAAAGAACUUCUGUCUCACCACAUUGGCUAUCAAGAAGUUAGAGGAGCAAUUCCCUCAGAUACUCCAGUUCCCUGUACCACCACCAUAGCACUCCGUAUAGGGAUACGUGGUUCUUAAAACCCGUGUCCCCAGUUCAUGUUUCAAUCAGAUAACAUCACAUCCCCUCACAUGUAGUCACAGUUGCUCCCAAGCCUGGUCACCACCAGUACCUGAUGUCAGUGGAAUCUGCCUGCUACGUGGUCAACCUUGGAUGUUCUUUCCUCUGCUCUGAUUGGCUGUUUGCCUCUGUUUCCCACGCAGUCAUAGUCCCCCUAUACGCCCCGGGCAGCUGACCUCAUUGUCCCUGCCAAUUACCUCCACAGUAAGACACUGACUUGAACCCAGUCUCAUGCUUUUGGACUUCAGCUGGUUGCCCGCAGGG